UUCCUGCCACUGUGGGAUCUACGUUAAACACGAGAUCAAGAAGCCUCAAUGUUAAUAAUAGUUUUACCCUCAUUUACAAGUUUGUAGAUUAAGUUCUGGACUCGAGUUUCGCAGAUGUUUGACAGUUUUUUCGGAACCUGCUGACAUUUUGAAUAUUCAGUUAAACGAGAAGCUCACCAAGACUCGGAAACAAAAUGCCUCAUCGAAAGAAGAAAUCAUUUAUUGAAAAGAAGAAAGCUGUGACCUUUCACCUGGUCCAUAGAAGCCAGAGGGACCCUCUGGCUGCAGAUGAGAAAGCUCCACAGCAUGUCCUCCUACCUGCUGCAAAGGUGGAUGCAGAGAAAAGGCUUGAAGAGCAGCGAAACUUUGGUGUUUUCUUCGAUGAUGAUUACGACUACCUGCAGCACCUGAAGGAGGCAUCGGGUCCCUCAGAGCUGGUAGCCACUGGACCCUCCUACCCUGACAGGGGAUCCUGUGAUCUCAGAGACGAAGAGGAGGAGGAGGAGAAGGAGAAAGAGGUAGAAGCUGUGAGUAAGGAGCUUCCUGAAGCUACGCUCCACCUGCCGUCUUCAGUGUUUGCCUCCGAGUUUGAAGAAGAUGUUGGACUUCUGAACAAAGCUGCUCCUGUUUCAGGACCUCGGCUGGACAUGGAUCCUGAUAUUGUUGCAGCUUUAGAUGAAGACUUCGAUUUUGACGACCCCGACAACAUUCUGGAGGACGACUUCAUCCUCAAAGCAAACUGCACAGACAGAGCUUUGGAUGCAGAAGCCAGUGUCCAGAGGGGCCAGCAAUGGGCCCGCCACCACUUCCUCACCGCCUCGCCUUUUUAUGAACAGUUUGAUGAUGAUGAGAUCGGUGCUUUGGACAACGCUGAGCUGGAGGGGUUCAUCGGACCGGACAGCGGCCGCCUGGAGGAAGUCAUCAGAGACUACUUUAAAGAAAAACAGAAAGACUCUCUGAGGCCUGAGGAUUUGGGUCCCAAAGAACUUCCUGUGGUGAAGGAGGAGGAUGAAGAUGAGGAGGAAGAAGAGAUGGAGACGGUUGCUAUCGAGGCUCCUCAGGAGAAUUGGGACUGUGAAACCAUCAUCAGUACGUACUCCAACCUGUACAACAGACCUAAAAUCAUUGAAGAACCACCUAAGCCAAAGCCCAUCCGCGUGUCCAACAGGACCGGCAUCCCUCUAGAUGUGCUGCCUUCCAAGGGCCUCACAGCCAAACAAGCGGAGCGCAUGACCAGAAUCAAUGACUCGGAUCUGCCGCGUGUUUCGACUCAGCCACGGAGCAGAGAGGAGAGCAAAGAGGAGAAGAAGGCUAGGAAGCAGGCCAUCAAGGAAGAACGGAAGGAAAGGAGAGUGGAGAAGAAAGCUAACAAGACGGCGUUUAAGGAGGAGAAGGCCCGACAGGAGAAGCAAAUGUUGAACUUGAGGACAAACAUCCAGGGCCUGAAGCUUUAAUGGCGGACCGAAGGAGCUCAACAGGUUCUUCACUCACUCCAGCGAAACGGGACUCCUCGCAUAAAAAAGGACUGCAUUGACCAAUGGAGAACCGGAUGGUUUCAGGAAGUUCUACUGGAGCUUCAGAGACUUUGGACUAAAUAAACCAGGUUCCACAGGGUGACAAAGGGUUAAAUCUGUCUCAGAAGCGGGAUUCCUGUUGGAAGAUUAAUGAAAUCAUGUCGAACUGAACAACCACUCAGUAUCUUGGAUAUUUUAAUAAAAACGUAUAGAAAUUAGUUCGCUGUCGUG